CUUAUCUCUGUACACAUCGUCAGCUCCAGUGUGAAGUGAAGUCUGACAGCUGCCGCCUGGCCCGGUCCAUUUGCAGCUUCUCUGCUCCAUCUCACCACACGGAUGUCAAUUAGCACGCUAAACUUGCUUCGGGACUGUGGGAGCGCUGCUUGUCUUCAACUUGAGGGCGAAGAAAGACGAUUGAAAACUCCUCGGAAUUCUCCGCGCACCGUGCACGCAUUGGCACUCUCCGUUUGACGUGUUGAAGUGCUUCUUAAGGAGAAUUCUGGGGAGAUUUCUGACUCUUUCAAUCCUCAAAGAUGAAGCAGCACUGGGGACCUGCUCAGUGAGGCGGCUCCCACUUCAAAGUGUCCAGCUGGAUGAUGAAACAUGACUAAAGGUUGUGAGGACUUGUCUCCAUCGUCCUGUUGUACAGUGAGGCAGUGAGCUCACGGAGGAUACAGCAUGCAUGUGUCGAAAUAUCCAACAAUGCACUCUGCCAGUCCGGGUCUGAUCCUCCUCAGUUUCCUUUUCCUCGCCGAUGCUGACUCCCCUCCACGAUUUACCCGAACCCCAGAAGACCAGACAGGAGUCCAAGGCGGCGUGGCAUCGUUCGUGUGCCAGGCCGCCGGCGAGCCGCAGCCCAAGAUUGUGUGGAACAAAAAAGGCAAAAAAGUCAGCAAUCAGAGAUUUGAGGUGAUUGAAUUUGACGACGGGUCUGGCUCAGUCCUGAGAAUCCAGCCUCUCCGGACCCCCAGAGAUGAGGCUAUUUACGAAUGCCACGCCUCUAACUCGGCAGGAGAGCUCACGGCCUCCACCCGGCUAAGCGUGCUAAGAGAGGACCAGCUGCCUUCGGGGUUCCCCACAAUAGAUAUGGGUCCCCAGCUGAAAGUGGUAGAACGCUCUCGGACCGCUACCAUGCUCUGCGCGGCGAGCGGAAACCCUGACCCAGAAAUUACUUGGUUCAAGGAUUUUCUGCCAGUCAACACAUCCAAUAACAAUGGACGAAUCAAGCAGCUGCGCUCAGGCGCGCUGCAGAUUGAAAUGAGCGAAGAGUCUGACCAGGGCAAGUAUGAGUGUGUUGCCACCAACAGCGAUGGAACUCGCUAUUCCACCCCAGCCAACCUCUACGUACGAGUGCGUCGCGUCCCCCCUCGGUUCUCUAUCCCGCCGGCGGACAGCGAGAUCAUGCCAGGGGGCAACGUCAACAUCACCUGCGUGGCGGUGGGCUCGCCCAUGCCCUAUGUAAAGUGGAUGCUGGGAGCCGAGGACCUGACCCCAGAAGAUGAUAUGCCCAUCGGCCGUAAUGUCCUUGAAUUGACGGAUGUACGGCAGUCCAACAAUUACACCUGCGUUGCCAUGUCAACACUCGGCGUUAUUGAGGCUGUGGCGCAGAUUAUUGUGAAAGCUCUCCCAAAGGCUCCCGGCACACCCGUGGUGACCGAAAGGACUGCAACAAGCAUCACACUCACCUGGGAUUCUGGCAACCCUGAACCUGUCUCCUAUUACAUCAUACAACACCGUUCCAAAGGCUCCGAGGACCCCUAUAAAGAGAUUGAUAGCAUCGCCACCACCCGCUACAGUGUGGGUGGCCUGAGCCCUUACUCCCAUUAUGACUUCCGCGUGGCGGCUGUUAACACCAUCGGCCAGGGUCCCUCCAGCGAAGUGGUGGAGGCUCGCACAGCAGAGCAGGCGCCCUCCUCACCUCCCCGACAAGUCAGAGGUCGCAUGCUGAGCACCACUACGGCAAUCAUCCACUGGGAUGAGCCAGAGGAACCAAAUGGGCAGGUAGUGGGCUAUAGGGUCUACUACACAUCAGACAACAUGUUGCCAGUGAACCAGUGGGAGAAGCAGAUGGUGCGGAGCGCCAACUUUAUCACCAUUCAGAGCUUGACUCCUAACAAGACAUAUUACAUCAGAGUGUUGGCGUUCACCUCCGUUGGCGAUGGUCCUCUUUCCCAGGACCUGCAAAUUAUUGCCAAGACUGGCGUCCCAUCGCAGCCUUCGGAGUUCAAAGGAGAGGCCAAAUCUGAGACGAGUAUUUUGCUGUCCUGGAUAGCGCCACCCCAGGGUGGCCCUGACAACCAGAUCACGGGAUAUGAACUGGUUUAUCGACGGGCGGACGAUACUGAGGAGAAGAAAGUCAACUUUGAGCCGACAAGCUCCUACCUGUUGAGGAACCUCAAGCCUUUCUCGGCCUACACUUUCCAAUUGGCCGCCCGUAGCAAACAUGGCAUUGGCGCAUAUACCAACGAGAUUUCCAUUGACACACCCCAGACACUUCCUUCAGCACCUCCCCAGGACAUAACAUGCACCAGCCCCACUUCUACCAGCAUCUUGGUAAGUUGGGCACCACCACCUGCGGAGUUUCAGAACGGCGUCAUUACGGGCUACGCCGUCCAGUAUUCCACUACCGGGGUCAACAAAACAUCCAAAAGGAUUGACGGCAUUCCAAAGGAAGGUUCUCCGUACCUCUUGGAUAACCUAGAGAAAUGGACCGAAUACGGAAUUACAGUGCGGGCGCAGACGGAAGCUGGCGACGGACCUGAGAGUUUACAGCUGAUUAUCCGCACCGAGGAAGAUGUUCCAAGUGGUCCUCCUCGAGGGGUGGACGCAGAGACAGUGAACUCCUCAGCCAUUAGGGUGAAAUGGCGAGCGCCAGCCCCAGAGUUGCAGCACGGUCAGAUCCGAGGCUACCAAGUCCACUACGUGAGGAUGAACUACGGCGAGCCUCAGGGUCCGCCCUCCAUUAAGGACAUCCUGAUAGAGGACUCACAGUGGGAAUAUGACCAAUCAGCUCAAUAUGAGGCUCUUCUCGGAAACUUGAAGGCCGACACUUCCUACUCUAUCUCGGUAGGAGCUUACACUGCCAAAGGAGAUGGUGCCCGCAGCAAACCUGUUGCCAUCUGCACUGCUCUGCCAUUGCCUGAAAAGCCCAAACUAAUGGUGAGCGCAACUGACUCGGGCACCGCUCUGCUUCAGUGGUACCCGCCGCCAAAUCCCCUAACGCCACUCCUGGGUUACCGCCUCACUUUUGGCCGUGUCGACGUCCUUCCAUUCACUGUGGUGGAGUUCCCCACCAAGGAAAGCCUCUUCACUGCUCAGGAUAUCCAUAUGGGAGCCAACUACAUUUUCAGACUCUCCGCCCGUAACAAAAUGGGCUAUGGAGAAGAGGCAGUGAAAGAAGUGACCACGCCUGAAGGCUCCCCAACCGGAUACCCGGAAAAUAUUAUCUCGGAGGAGAUGUCUGCCAACUCCCUCCGCUUGACGUGGAAAUCAGUGCCACUCAUUGAGCAAAACGGAAAAAUUGUCAAAUACUCAGUGCUGUACAAGGAUAUAAACAGUCGGGGCAAUUCCUCGGAAAUUGUGGUGCCCACUCCGGGGUCAAGUGUUUUGUUGGAGGGUCUGAGUGCCGAUACGGUGUAUGAUGUCAGGGUGUGCGCGUACACGACUGUCGGGCCCGGUCCGUACAGCCCCGGUGUCCAGGUUAGGACGCAGCGGCUAGACCAAGUUUUUGCCACCAAUUUCAAAGUGAAGGCCGCCAUGAAGAAUUCCGUUCUGUUAUCCUGGGAGGUUCGAGACAAGAAUCCUACCCAGCCAUUCACUAUCCUCUACGGAAAAGGCCAGUCUGUGGAGGUGGAUGGCAAGCAGACUCAGAAGCUGAUCACCGGCUUGCAGCCUGACACCCUUUACUCAUUCUUGCUUACCAACCGGGCCAACAGCGCCGGGGGGCUUCAGCACCGCGUCACCGCCACUACUGCUCCAGACAUCCUGAAAAGCAAACCCGUCGUGGUGGGAAAGACCAAUGCCGAUGGCAUGGUGACCGUCCAACUUCCAUCUGUGCAGACGGCAGCUAAAGUCAAGGGUUAUUAUCUGGUGGUGGUGCCACUAAAGAAGCAACGAGGAGGGAAGUUCUCGAAUCCAUGGGAGGACCCAGACCAGAUGAAUUUAGAUGAGUUGCUGAGAGAGAUUAACCGAACCAGCGUGAGCCGUGCCCUCCGUAUCCGCAGACAGACUGGCCAAUCAGAUCCAAGAGCUUACGUCAGCGCUCACUUUAAAGCCCUCCCCCCUGAGUUCACGCUGGGCAAUGGGCAAAACUACGGCGACUUCCGCAACCGUCCAUUGCAGAACGGCCAGGAAUAUGUGUUCUUUGUGCUCGCCCUGCUUGACCUUUCGGAGAACACCAUGUUCUCCACUAGCCCAUAUUCUGAUCCCGUGACGUCAUCAGGUGUGGACCCGCAGCCAAUUGUGGAUGAGGAAGAGGGUCUCUUGUGGGUGGUUGGGCCUGUGUUGGCCGUUAUCUUCAUCGUGUGUAUUGUCAUUGCCAUCCUUCUCUUCAAAAGCAAACCUGACAGGAAACGAGCCGAAGCCGAGGGCAGGAAGGGCAGUUUCCCCUGCAGCAAAGCCAUGUCGUCUCACCAUCCCACUGACCCUGUGGAGUUGCGUCGAAUCAACUUCCAGACUCCAGCCUACCGUGUAUCAGUGUACCGUGGUUAUCGACGUUUGUCAAGCAUGGCAAGUCACCCACCCGUCCCCGUCUCGGAGCUGGCAGAUAACAUUGAGCGCCUCAAAGCAAACGACAAUCUCAAGUUCUCACAAGAGUACGAGUCAAUUGACCCCGGUCAACAAUUCACCUGGGAGAACUCCAACUUGGAGGUCAACAAACCAAAGAACCGCUACGCUAACGUCAUUGCCUACGACCAUUCCAGGGUGAUACUCACUGGCAUCGAAGGUGUCCCAGGGAGUGACUACAUCAACGCUAACUAUAUCGAUGGCUACCGGCGUCAAAAUGCCUACAUCGCCACUCAGGGUUCCCUUCCGGAGACCUUUGGGGACUUCUGGAGGAUGGUGUGGGAGCAGCAUACAGCCAAUAUUAUCAUGAUGACCAAGCUGGAGGAGAAGUCAAGGGUGAAGUGUGACCAGUACUGGCCAACACGAGGCACGGAAACUUACGGCCUCAUCCAGGUCACUCUACUGGAUACGGUGGAGCUGGCAACUUACUCUGUCCGGACCUUUGCGCUUUACAAGAGUGGCUCCAAUGAGAAGCGUGAGGUUCGUCAUUUCCAAUUCACAGCCUGGCCGGACCACGGGGUACCUGAGCACCCUACUCCCUUCCUGGCCUUCUUGCGAAGGGUCAAGGCCUGCAACCCUGCAGAUGCAGGGCCAAUGAUCGUCCACUGCAGUGCCGGAGUGGGCCGCACAGGUUGCUUCGUCGUGAUCGACGCCAUGGCGGAACGAAUCAAGCACGAGAAGACGGUUGACAUCUACGGCCACGUCACGCUCAUGCGCUCGCAGAGGAACUACAUGGUCCAGACGGAGGACCAGUAUAUCUUCAUCUACGACGCGCUGCUGGAGGCCGUGACCUGCGGGAACACAGAGGUCGCCGCCAGGAACUUGUAUUCAUACAUCCAGAGGCUGACGCAGAUUGAACCCGGCGACAAUGUCACCGGCAUGGAAUUGGAGUUCAAGCGUCUGGCCAGUGCCAAGGCCCACACGUCGCGCUUCGUCAGUGCCAACCUACCAUGCAACAAGUUCAAGAACAAGCUCGUCAACAUCAUGCCCUACGAGACCACACGUGUGCCCCUGCAGCCAAUCAGAGGGGUGGAGGGGUCGGACUACAUCAACGCUAGCUUCAUCGACGGUUAUAGGCAACAGAAGGCUUACAUAGCGACACAAGGCCCGUUGGCCGAGACCACUGAGGACUACUGGAGGAUGCUGUGGGAACACAACUCCACCAUCGUUGUCAUGCUCACCAAAUUGAGGGAGAUGGGACGGGAGAAAUGUCACCAGUACUGGCCCGCAGAGCGCUCAGCUCGGUACCAGUACUUUGUGGUGGAUCCCAUGGCCGAGUACAACAUGCCUCAAUACAUCCUCCGAGAAUUCAAAGUCACGGACGCCAGAGAUGGCCAAUCGCGGACGGUUCGUCAAUUCCAGUUCACUGAUUGGCCAGAACAAGGAGUGCCAAAAUCAGGGGAGGGAUUCAUUGAUUUCAUUGGACAAGUGCAUAAAACUAAAGAACAGUUUGGCCAGGAUGGACCGAUUACUGUGCACUGCAGUGCCGGAGUGGGCCGGACAGGCGUGUUCAUCACGCUGAGCAUCGUGCUGGAGAGAAUGCGGUACGAGGGCGUGGUGGACAUCUUCCAGACGGUCAAGAUGCUGCGCACGCAGAGACCUGCCACCGUUCAAACAGAGGACCAGUACCAGUUCUGCUACCGCGCCAGUCUGGAGUACCUCGGAAGCUUCGAUCACUAUGCAACAUAAAUUCGUCACGGCACGUCCCACCUAAUCCAUGGAUGAACGUGCUAGGCGGCGACGUGUCUGUGAAGUGAGCGCCAUCAACAUGCAGAGUGAAGAAGGAGGGAGGGGGGGAAUCCUGCGUACCCACAAAGAGCACCUCUAACUGAGCCAUAGCAACCUGCUUGACAAGGGGUCUCCACCCGCCCUUUCACCCAAACACGCCCAUUGGUCAGUCAGAAGCAACUCGCUCCAAUACUUGAUCCGAAUCUACGUUGUCUUUGGUUUCAGUCAGUGCUAUUUUCCAAGCACCAGGGUUGCUUUACAUUGUUUGGGUGUGGAAGUGUUCACCUCAUCCACCGCCAGUGUAGCAUCACCAAUCUUGAUUGAUAGAGUGUCACAGGACGUUUGAUUUUUCUAUCUUUAGACCAACACGAAGGCAUCCAUCAUAUGGACGUCUCGUGGACGGACACAAAGUGGGACUUUGGCACACCGGAGAUUUGCCAACGGGAGAGUGGAAACUCACCGAGCACACAGUAUUAAGGACACAAAGAGCCGCAAUGGACACCAGGAAGUGUUUUCCCCCCUUUUAUUUUUUUUUUAUUUUUUUUUUAGGAAGCAGACUUUGGUUUCCUAUAAAUGAAUAAGACAUUUUAGUCACAUAGUAAUAAAAAAAGCACCAGUUCGACUUAAGUCUUCACAGUUUAAGACAAGGAAAUUGUGAAAGGUUUAAAAAGCACCACAACCACAAACAAAAUGAUCAACUGACUCCUUAAAAAAAAAAAAAAAAAAAAUGUGGGCUCUCUUGUAAAGCUGGUCGCCCAUUUGUUUUUUUUAUACUUUCUGUUUUGUUGUGCAUUUUUUAUGUUCUCAAACAUUUUUAUUCAAAGAAAUACAAUCAGAAGCCGCGGGACUUGGCAGUUUCUCAGAAUAGUUCCACCAUUAACUGUUCUAUUCUCACUUUUAUUUGCAUGAGCAACUCGAUGAAGUCGUUGCCUGCCUGAUGCUUGACGUUUUGGGGGAAGGGUUACAUUUCAUGAUUUCAUGAUAAGAGCAUUCACUUGAGUUCAGCUUUGAUUUUUGGUCAGUGAUAAGGUGAAGGGACUAAACUUGGGUUUCGGUUUGGGCUUUAAUAUUUCAGGUUAGAUGUCAUCUUCAAGGUUGUGACUAGUCAGUCUAGGGUGGAACCCACCUUUCACCCAAAGUCAACUGGCAAAGGCUACAGCUCACCCGCAACCCCAAUGAGGACAAAAACGCAAUAGAAAAUUGGUGGUUUGGGCCCCAUGAAAAUUAUUUUUGUGUAAAUCAAGAAAGAGAGAAAGAGUACAAAUUUGUAGAGUGUGCACGGAGUGGCUUCUUUUGGGGGGGCGGGGGGUCAGUUAAAACUAUUCAAACCGUCACCUAGAUUUAGACCAAGAAUUAUGGAAAUAUGUCAAGACAACGUUCUCACCGGAAUGCUCACCACUGUCUUGUGCGUCUGUCUGAUUCCGUGUGCAAUAAGUAGAUGUACUAUAUAUAUAUUUUUAUGUCCACUUAUUUACUACAGUCACAUGCCAUGAUGAUGAUGAUGAUGAAGAUAAAUAGUGGUGCAUCAUGUCCCAGACUCGAGGACGUUCAGCAUUCGAUUCCUCGUAUCACGCCGCCACCCCAUAUAGACAAUGUUGUCGUCACGGUAACCGGGAAACUAACGAACGAUCCCAACUCCCAAUGAAUAGUUUAAGUUUAGAUUUCUAGUGCCUUAUAUUACACGCCUAUUUUGAUAAAGUUACGUUUAAGGGUUCUUGUGUAUUUUACGUAUGCACACUUAUGUAUGUUUGUCGUGUGUUUGAGAGAGAGCGAGAGGUUGUGUAAGAUUUUGUUAUGCUCUACUAUGUGGAAAUUGCUGUUGUAUUCUGUUGUUUUUCUAUGGUAGGCUGGUUCGUCAUCACUUUAAAAGGAAUGCAGUCAUAUCGCUUUGAAGGAGAACAAAUGAGCAAGACUCAACUGCAGUACAACAAAUGUUUAUUUCAAAAGUAUGAGCAAAGAAUGAAAUGAUGAUUUUUUUAAUGAGAAAAUGUCUGCGGUGAUGCAAAGGCAAGCUUUCAUUUACUGUAUUUCCUCAAAUAGUGGCCUCCACUCUCAUUAACUCCAGGCUGCACCACACCCCAAAUAGAUUUCCUCUCAAGAUUUUUUCUUUUCAGUUUUCCUGGUUUUAUUCCAUUCAGGAGAAACAGAAGGGGGAAAAAAUCAGCAUUACCAUAAUAGAGUGGUGCCUUGAGAUAUUAGUUUCUGUAAUUCAGCCAUUGUUUAAAACCUCCUAACACCACAACUACCAAUGCUAAUCGUUAGUAUGUCAAUGGAAUUUUCCAUUAUACGCUAGCGUUAGGCUAGCUGGGCAAGGCAAAAGUAUUUGGACGUAAGGAGUGUCAUUUAGUUUGACAGUAAACUGCAAGUGAGGGUGGCAUUAAAAAGCUUGAAGCCUCUGGUUUGAUUAAUUAAUCUUUAACUAAUCGCCAACGAAUCGCUUAUGAUGGUGAGCAAAGUUAACUGCCGCCUUGUAUGUAAAACCAAAAAAACAAGUGAAGUCGCUUGUACACAGUCUCAAGGCAUCACUGUACAGUAUUUUUUUUUAUCUAAUUAACUCUUAUUUUAUGUAAGGAAAAAAAAUUGAUAAUUUAUACUAUUAUUCAAAAACCCCCAUGCACCUUUAUGUGAUUGAAUAAACACCAUCUGGCCACUACGUGAGGAAAUCAAAGCAGCAUAGACAUUUUUAUUGACAAAUUGAAUAGAAAAAAAAAAGCAAAAUGACAACAUUUGUGCAUACAGGAGUCAAUCCCACAGCCAACAGUGUUCCUUGUCCUGCCCUCCUCUUUCCCAUGUUGCUCUCUAAUCAUGGCACCAUUCUGGUGCCCCCGGUGUUGUUUUUGUAUGCAUGGUACCACUUUGGAGAUGCCCCGUUGGUCGCACCUGUAAUGGGAAGACUUGCACUUUCUCUUGUACUAUGCACUUAAUCCUCUUAUCUCUGUCAGCCCACGCCACACCCCCAACCCCCUUUUACAAAAAAAGAUUUACUUGAACUAGCUCAACGUGGACCCUGUAAUGCUCACACAGUUGUGUAUAUGUAAAUAACACCGAACACAGAGACUAAUUGAAAUUCUUAAAUUAAGACAAAGUGAACUACUAUAUCAGAUAUACAGAGUGAUAUAAGAAAAGAUUGCACCAGAAAUCACCGUUUAUGGCACAGAAAUAUGUGCAAUAUGUCACCUCGUGGCUUUGCUGCACCACAAAUGAAUUUCACCAUAAAAGUGUUCUAUUUUAACCCCCUGACCCCAAUGUAUCUUGUAGAUGGAUUAAAAACUGGAGUUUAUAUAAAUUGUAUAAAAAUGAAAAUAAUGGUGUGUUGCUUGGAUCAGUACUGUCAAACUGGUCUGUAUAUGUAAAGUUUUUGUUUGUCUGUUUUUCAUUUUCUGCUCUGGGUCAACAAGUGCUUUUUAUUUUCUUACAUUGGUCUUUGUGUGUGUGCAAAACUGAGGAUGUGGGGGGGAAAAACACACACACGGGUCUGUAUGGAUUUCUGUUCUUUGUCGACACAAGUUUCAUUUGUUACAAAUAAACUCAAGUGAAAUAAAAGACACCAAACCUGUA